GUAUCAUGUGAAGGAAGCUGAUACUCCAGAACCGCCACAGGAAGAACGUGCAGAUCCUCCUACUUUGGCUGAAACCUGUAUGAGAGAGUUAGUGGGAAGAGCAUCAUUUGGACAUAUUCGUUGUGUCUUGAGGCCAGUUCUUAGACACUUAGAUCUUCAUGAGCUUUGGGUUCCAAAUCAGUUUGCAAUUCAUACCUUCAGGAUAAUCAUGUUUUCAAUACAGGCACAGUAUUCCUACACUGUGGUAGAAACAUUGAUGUCACAUUUAGAUGACAACUCAAAGUCAGAUCCCAAGAUCCGGACUAGUUUAGCAGAUGUUCUGUCAAAGAUAAUUUCAAUUGCUGCUGGUGAAAGUGUUGGUCCAUCAGUGCUGGAGAUUAUCAACUCUCUAUUAAGUCACCUUCGUGUGUCAGUUACUCGUGAGGUCCCUUCAGAUGAACCUCAGGCCCAGCAUGAUGAGAAAUUGUAUCAAGAAGCACUUAUCAAUGCACUGGGAGAGUUUGCAAACCAUCUGCCAGACUACCAGAAGAUAGAGAUUAUGAUGUUCAUCAUGAGUAAAGUUCCUUAUCCUUCACUUGAUCAUCUCCGAGGAUUUAAUGGUCCAGGAGAUGUAAUGUUGCAAAAUAUUUUACUCAAGUCAUUACUAAAGGUUGGCACAAAGUAUCAGACAAUACACUUCAAUACUACUUUCCCAAUGUCUUUCCUAGAGCCUUUGCUUCGCAUGUCAUUGGCUGAAGACCCUGAUAUGCGUCUGCUUGUACAGAAAAUCCUACAUACGCUGAUUGAUCGUCACCAUAACUUAGAGAAGUUACUUAAACCUACUGUAAAUAUUGGGGACCUGGAACUUGUACUAGAGAAGAGUUCCCGCCAGGACAUCAUUUUUAUCCGAAAACAUGGUCCAGAAAUUUAUCGUAGCCUGUAUGAGAGUUUGGAGCAGGCAAACAAUACAGUGGAGAACAUUGAAGCAGUGUAUACAACACUUGCUUUGCUGUGUGUUGAGUUAUCGUCUGAAGAAACAGUUAUGGAGAUGCUGCGUCUUGUCAUCAGCAUUCAGGACACUGCACUUACAAAUGGAUCACUGAGUGCUGCUCAGAAGUAUAACCUGCAUGCUGUGGUGGCAAGCCUGCUCAUAUUGAUCCCCAGUGUUGUUUCUAUUACUCCACUGAUGGAGUAUGCAGAAAAGGUAAUUGAAGCUCGCCGAAAUGCUGGAGCUAACCACUUGCUGCCAGAGUUGCUUGUUCAUUACGACCCAGAGGUGUGUCUGUCCCCAACGCAGCUGGGACCAGAUACAUUGGUAGAUCAGUUAGCUGUUACAGAGAGUCUCAAAGGAGCAGGCUUUGAUGUGGCGAGGCUUCAGCAGGUGACACCCUAUGGGGCUGGUGGCCCACCUGGUGGUAGCAUGGGCCCUAGGCACUCUUGGGUUGAGACUGGGAUGCGGGCCAGUGCAGCAGAUUUGAAUUCAUUUCAAAUGGAAGUGGACAGUGUUUCAUCCUCACCUGGAGUACAGAAGAAACACCCAGAAGAAGAAUUAACAUUUGAAUCAAUGAAGAAACUUCUGUCAGAACCAGCAGAGAAUGCUAAGGAGGCAGAAGAAGAGAGAAGGCUACAGCUGAGUGAGACUUUCCGUACAGCAGAUUUCCAUGAUUUGGUGGAUCGCACACAUGCUAAUAAUGACGUACUCCAGAAUAAGCUGAAUGAAAUCUUUAGCAAGUUGUCAACAGGUUUGUCAGAUGGGAUUCGCCCCCCAGCAACUCCCACUCCAGGAACAAAGCAGGAUAAUGAUCCCCUGCGUACUAACAAUCCACCAGCAUAUGAAGUUCUGUUUCCAGAGCUGUUUAUGUAUUGAUUGCAUCAUCAGUAUAGACGUAUGAUGUCAGUUCAGAUAUCUUCCUUUGAAUGUAAUCUUAAAUAGACACCGUUAUGAUCAUAGUUAAUUCUUAAUGGAAACUUCCUUAUUCUGAACAGUAAAAGGAUUCUUGUUAUUGUACUUGCUUUUAUGAAAGCUGCUGUUUUUUAUUUUUAUUAUUAUUAUUAUCAUCAUUGUCAUAUCUUCGUCGUCAUCUUUGUCGUCAUCGUUGUCAUCAUCAUCAUACCAUAUGGUGAGAUUCACUAUACAUCAAGAGGAUCUGUAUUUUCAUUGUCAUGUUUGAAACACAGCCUGAUGUGCACCAGUGCUCUAUGUGAAAUGUACUCAAGAACACCUGUUCCACAGCUCUUUGCAGCUUGUGAUUUUUGUGAUUCUGGUGCACAGCACUUAUUCCUUGUUAAUGUCGCACAAUGCUAUGAUCAGGACUAUGUGGUGGUCAGGAUAAUGGUGCAGGAGAUGCACUGUUACUGCCUGGUAACUUUAGCCGUGCGGAAAGGCAAACGCUGUUGUGGGGCACGCGAAGCUAUACCCUUGCUGUGGGGCCGUUCAGAGCUACUCCCCGAGUGGAAAACAUUGCCUUGGAGACCAGGAGUAGAUAUCACGGAAUCGAUACAGUGCGGUGGAGCGAAAGCACUAGCUUAUCGCACUUCCGGCCGGCAUGACACCAUAUCACAAUGGCAAUAUGUACAAUGCAUGACAUAAUAAGAAACACAGUAACUGUACAGUAGGCACUACAGUGUACACUAUUAUAAAACAAACACUACAGAACAAUACCUUACAGUCCUCGACAAUGCACGUCGAAUCCACAAUGUACUGGCUCGGUGCACUCAGUCUGAAUUGGCAGACGAUGAAUCACUACAAGCACUGUCUGUGUCAUCCUCACCAUCAGUAUCACCCUGCAGAUUGAUGAUUAUUUCUUCUAUCACAUCCGGCACAAUGCCAUCUUUCUCCCAGUACAGUUUUUCUUGCGAUUCCACGUGGUGACAGAAACCAGCCAAGUUGUCUGCCAUAACCUCUUGUAUGGCUUCAUUUGUCACUUCCAGUAAUUUUGCAAGUGACAGAUCCGCUGUUACAUUAUGCUCUCUGACUAUCCAUUUUAUUUUCACCCAUGCGAGCUUGAUCGGAUUGAGAUCACACGUAUACGGCAGCAAACGGAUCACAGAAUGCUCAUGUCCGGACAGAAUGGAAUCGAUCUUGAACACUUUCUCUUUCGGUUUUAGGGAAAGUGUUUGAUUGUAGAGGUCAUUCUUCCACAUACUCUCAUUACAGUCGACACCCUUGUGACGUAGCCAUGAUAUCAUAUCCUUCUUGAGUGAGUAAGGCAUUGGUGGCUUGUCUAUUUUGACACAGUGGUAUGGGGCAUUGUCUGCAACAAUGACGGACUAUGGAGGAAUAUGGGGAACUAAUUUUUCUGUCAGCCAUUUCUGAAAGUUAUGACCAUUCAUCUGACCGUGGUAAUCACCUGUUGCACCACCAGCCUUGUAGACAAGUUUGGCCUCUGGAAUUAAACCGUUCGAGGUCCCUGCAUGUAGUAUUAUGAGUCUGUUAGCAGAGUUAACAUUUUCCUGGACUCCAAUGACGUCAUCACUCUGCCAACACUUUCAAAACGUCAGGUUGCUGUCUACCCACGUCUCAUCGAUGUACACGAUUGAUCGUCCUUCCUCACGAUACUGCUUUAUUUUAACCAAGUAUUUACUUCGCCAAUUCACAAUGUUCUGUCUUUCAAUCAAAAUUUUGCGCUUUGACUGAUAUCGCUGCCAUCUAAACCCCAUGCUUUUAAUAAUUCUGUGCAAAGACGUUUCUCCCCAAGGAAAAUUUAUUUUGCUUUUAAUUAUUGGCAAAAGCUUGGGGAUGGUGGGCACUCAUUUCUCCUGUAUAUAGAAAUUGUGAAUUUCAUUUCUAAUAACGCAUAUAUCGAAGUCAUCUACACACACAACACUGCGAGAAAUGCAUCUUCUCUUCUUCCCUGGUGAUACUCCAGCAUAUACAGCAGCACGUUCCGUAGCUUUCGGGAGCGGCAAUAACAAAUGUUUACUCAGCUCUUCCUCGUUGCAUAUCUCUACAAUAUUAGCUAUUACUUCCCCGGCCUGACUAUGAAUUGUUCCGUGCCAUUGUCGGUGUGCCGUGAUAGUGACAAGAACACCACGUACAUAAUACAAUCG